AUGAGUGGCCUGAAGAUCUUGAUCGUGGGCGGCAGCGUCACUGGCCUCACGCUUGCCGCCAUCUUCGAGCGAUAUGGCAUCGACUACACUCUUCUCGAGAACCACGCCGACGUCACCCCAGCACUCGGCGCCAGUAUUGGACUCUUAGCGCACGGAUCGCGCGUUCUCGACCAGCUCGGCUGCUUCGAAGAACUCCUCCCAUUUGGCAACGGCAUCGAGAACAUGGACAUGUACGAUCCGGAUGGGAAGAAAAUGGGAAGCCAUAAAGGAUUGGGAACAUAUAUGGAGUCAAUGUAA